AUGUUAACAGCAGGAGUUGUUCUUAUGGUUAUAGGAGUACUUACGCUUUUGUCAAACAUUGGACUCGGAAUAUAUAUUCGACGAAAUAGACGACUACCUUUUAUCAAAGGUCAUCGUCAUGAACAAAAGGAAUUCCAGAAUAUACAGCUAUCGGAGCAAGAUGUGACUUCUCAGAGUGAUGAUGGACGAUCUCCAUAUCAACUACUUAAUACAGACGCUAUUGGUAAACCGUCAAUAUACUCUGAAAUCGGACAGCAUGACAAUCAAGGUUACCAAAAUGAAUCAGUCGAAAGCAAUGAUGACGGAAAGUACGAGUCGCUAGAAGGGCGUUCGAAUCCAAACGUAUAUGAAGAGCUUCAAGGUACAACUUCAGGUAACAGAGGUACAUAUGUCAACACCAAAAUCACCAGUGACCAUAAACGUUGAUACUGCAGAAAGAAAUCAAACCAACGUAACAUUUUCGUUAUAUGCGAAU